CUUGAUUAAAUUCUCAAAUAUUUCUAGACAACCACGACAAAGUCAAACUCGAAUAAAACAUAAAACAACAGCACAAUUUUUUCAAGUUUCCAACUGUGAAAUGAAACGGUACUAAGCAUAUUAAAAGUUGCUUGAUUAUUCACCUCCACUCAUGUAGAAUAAAAAUCCAAAAAACUGCAAUUAAUUAAAGUGGGAAAAAGAUUUAGCAAUUCUAAUUUCAGAGGAAAAACUUUAUCUGCCGAUUUCAAAGGAAGUUAAUGAUCUUAUAUUAUAUAGGAUUCAUUAAGGCAUGAAACGCAUGAAUUACUAGUCAUUUACAGGAAAAACACAACACUGAAUUUGAUGACGAUGGAAUUGGAAUGGAAGGAAGAGUAGAAAGAAUAAUGGAAUGUUAGCAUUUGACCAUGUCAAUGAUGUCAUUCAUUGGCCGGUGGGAAUAUAAAACCACCCGAGACAUGGGCAUAGUCGUCCGUCCAGCUAUCUUUUAUUAGCCACAAAACUGUUUAAAGAGAAAAUUCCGCCAAACAUCUUACAUUAAACAACGUUGAUCACUCACUCAGGCUUUCGAUUGCCUCUCGUUAUCGCUUCUUACUCAUUGCAAGACACGCUGCACUGCGAAAAGGGUCUCUUUCCUUUUAGCUGUUUUCGACACCAAACAUUGUUGCCUACAAUUUUUAUGAAAUAGUCUUCCAAUAAUGAUGGAGAGGGCAGAGUCAUGCCAAAAGCUAUAUGCAAGAAUGCGGUUAUGGGAAUUCCCUGAUGAGUAUGUGAUCGAACCCACCGAUGGCUCUUCCGCUUCCUCUUUGUCAAUUAGUCGUGUUGAUGCCUCAAUGAAGCUCAUUGAUGGUGUUCCAGAAUGCAGCUCUAUCCGUGUUCCAAAGAUUCAGACAAUUUUUGGGGUAGUUGGAAUGCUAAAACUUGUUGCAGGGUCAUAUUUAAUUGUUAUAACGGAGCGUGAAUGUGUUGGAUCUUACUUGGGGCAUCCUAUCUUCAAAGUCAUAUCCUUGAAGGUUCUCCCCUGUGAUCAUUCUGUUAAAAACUCUCCUGCAGAACAGAAAAAGUUGGAGAAUGAAUUUUCUCGGCUCCUAAAAAUUGCAGAGAGGACUUCCGGAAUCUAUUUCUCUUAUGACACCAAUUUAACACUGAGUGCACAGAAAUUAUAUGAUCUGGGAGAUGAAUCUAAAUUGCUUCCUCUUUGGAGACAGGCAGAACCCAGAUUUCUUUGGAACAAUUAUAUGUUGGAAGUACUUAUAGACAACAAGCUUGAUCCGUAUUUGCUUCCAGUUGUCCAAGGGAGUUUUCAUAACUUCCAAGCCGCCAUUGGAAAAGAAAUUGUAGAUGUUACACUGAUUGCUAGGAGAUGUACACGGAGAAAUGGAACCCGAAUGUGGAGAAGAGGAGCUGAUCCUGAUGGAUAUGUUGCAAACUUUGUGGAAACAGAGCAAAUUGUGCAAAUUAAUGGGUUUACUUCAUCAUUUGUUCAGGUUCGGGGGUCAAUACCAUUUCUUUGGGAGCAAAUUGUUGAUUUGACUUAUAAGCCUAAAUUUGAGAUUGUGAGACCUGAAGAAGCUCCACAAGUAGCUGAGAGGCAUUUUCUGGAUCUAAGAAAAAAGUAUGGAUCUGUAAUAGUUGUUGAUCUUGUCAACGAGCAUGGAGAUGAGGGACGCUUAAAUGAAAAGUUUGCAAAUGCAAUGCAGCCCAUAGUUAGUGAUGAUUUAAGAUAUCUGCACUUUGAUUUCCAUAAGAUUUGUGGACAUGUUCAUUUUGAGCACCUUUCCCUCCUCUAUGAUCAAAUCGCAGAUUUUCUUGAGAAAAAUAGAUACCUCUUGUUGAACGAAAAGGGUGAGAAAAUGAAGGAGCAACUUGGAGUUGUAAGGACCAACUGUAUUGAUUGCUUAGACCGCACCAAUGUUACACAGAGCAUGAUAGGCAGGAAAAUGUUGGAACUUCAGCUUAAGAGGAUUGGAGUUUUUUGUGCUGAAGAAACCAUUAGCUCUCAUCCAAAUCUUGAUGAAAGCUUUAAAAUAUUGUGGGCUAAUCAUGGGGAUGACAUAAGCAUACAAUAUUCUGGCACGGCUGCACUAAAAGGAGAUUUUGUCAGGUUUGGUCAACGAACAGUUCAAGGGAUCCUUAAAGAUGGAUGUAAUGCCCUUGUACGUUAUUAUUUAAAUAACUUUUCUGAUGGAACAAAACAGGACACUAUUGAUCUCCUGCAAGGACACUACAUAGUCUCUGUCAGCCGGGAUAUGACACCUCCAUCUCAAUCAGGAGGCCUUGAGGCUAUAGCUUCUUUUCCACUAGCUUUAUGUUUGGUCUUGAUAGGGUUGUUUUUCACAACCAUGUCUCUGAGGCGAGCUCGAUACGAUCUUCAUCACUUAAUUUUUUCAGUUCUAUGGGCAAGCAUUAGUGUUGCUAUUGCAGCUUUUGUGAGGGCUAACGGCAGGAUUUUCUGCAAUCGGCCUCGUUUGAAUAAACCUCGGUGUUGAUCUAGCAUUCUGAAUGAAUGCUCUGGCAAAUACGAACUUGAUCAACAGUUAUCAUCUUGCUGAAUCAUAGUUAUUCCUUCAUACAAAUUUUUGUAGUCCAUCGAGUUUAAAAUUUUUUAAUACCUCAUUUAUUGUUAUUCAGCUAUUUUUCUCCCCAACAUAAAACUGCUAAUAAUAUUUUUUUUAUUUAUUCUUUUGUUUUUUUACAAAUGUUUUUUGUAAACUACUAGUAGUAAUAUGUGUAUCUCAAAGAUCAA